GUGCGAUCUUCAAAUAUUGUAGGAUGUAAUGAGGACUUAGAACUAUAUAAUGUCCAUAAUAUCGAAAUAGAAAGCGAAAAUAACAGUAAACCUAUUAAGAAACGAUCUUCAAAUAUUGUAGAAUGUGAUGAGGACUUAGAACUACAUAAUAUCUAUAACGUUGAAAUGGAAAGCGAAGAUAAUAUUGAACCUAUUGAGAUGCGAUCUUCACAUACUGCUGAAUGUAAUAAGGACUUAGAACUACAUAAUAUCUAUAAUGUUGAAAUGGAAAGCGAAGAUAAUGUUGAACCUAUUGAGGUGCGAUCUUCACAUACUGCUGGAUAUAAUAAGAACUUAGAACUGCAUAACAUAUAUAACGUCGAAUUGGAAAAUGAAGAUAACAUUAAACCUAUUGAAGUGCAAUCUUCACAUACUACUGGAUG